AUGCGCGGCGGUCACAGCUCUACACCGUGUACUGUAGCAGAAACACAAAAGAAGCGCGUGGGGCCCGACGCGCAGGGAAUCGGUGACGGAUUUGGGAGGAACGGCCGCAUCGGCCACUGGGAACCUUCUGAGGUAGGUAUUUCUGCUUCUUUGAACUUUCCUCCUUUGUCAAGAGCAGUGCACCCCAGUGAGUUGCAAUUGUGUUUCUUGGCCUUCAGUGGGUGGCUCCGUGUUGCCAGAUUUUCCUUUGCUGCGUUUCUGAAUAUCCGGCUACUGGGUUUCCUCUUUGAACAUGAUUAUGGAAGCUUGAAAAGCCCUGAUGAAGGUACAGGCUUAUCUGCAUUUGCCAUCAAGGGCUCCUUGAUCUCGAAGGACAACUACACCAUCCUGCAAAGAUUCCUCAAUGUUGGAUGGACCUUGACAAUGCCAGUGUUGAGGAUGGAAGAAGCCAAGCAUUGGUUUUAUAACCUAUUUUAUUCUUUUUUUUUUCAAACUUUUUUUUAUUUCCUUCUCUGUUUGCUUCAUGGACAGGUAAAAUUGACUAAGAAGGUCACAGAACAAGUGAGAUUGCUUGCCAAGGAUGAAGAUGAAGAACUUACAGAGACAAGCUCAUACAAUGUAAUUCUCCCAUAUGACCAAGCAAAGGCCCUUGGUAAAACAAACAUUGAUAUUGAUCGUAUUGCUGCUGGAUUACCCUGUGGUAGUGAGGGAUUCCUUUUGAUGUAUGCACGCUGGAGAAAACUGGAAAGGGACUUGUACAAUGAACGCAAAGUACGAUUUGAUAUAACUCAAAUUCCUGAUGUUUAUGACUCUUGCAAAUAUGAUCUGUUGCACAAUGCACACCUUAAUCUAGAAGGGCUGGAUGAACUCUUCAAAGUUGCUCAGUUACUUGCAGAUGGUGUCAUUCCAAAUGAGUAUGGGAUUAAUCCGAAGCAGAAAUUGAAGAUUGGCUCCAAGAUUGCGCGUCGUUUGUUGGGUAAAAUAUUGAUUGAUCUAAGGAAUACCCAAGAAGAAGCCAUCAGUGUUGCAGAAUUAAAAAGCAAUCAAGACCAACAUUCAACAUUAACAAAGAGUGAAAAGGACGAUCCAGAUAAUCAAUCAAAGUUUUUUAUUAAAAAUGAAGACCCCAGAAGAACUAGCACCACAAGUGAAAAAUCGAUGGAUCAAGAUGAUGAUGAUGAUAAAGAGACAAAAUAUCGUUUGGAUCCAAAGUAUGCAAAUGUGAAGACGCCUGAUCGCCAUGUCCGGACACGUCUUUAUUUUACUUCAGAAUCUCAUAUCCAUUCCCUUAUGAAUGUUCUCCGUUACUGUAACCUGGACGAAUCUCUUCAAGGAGAGGAUAGUCUUGUUUGUCUUAAUGCCUUGGAGCGUCUUCACAAAACCAAGGAGCUUGACUACAUGAGUUACAUUGUGCUGAGGAUGUUUGAGAAUACUGAGGUUGCUUUAGAAGACCCAAAAAGGUUCCGCAUAGAGAUGACAUAUAGUCGUGGUGCAGACUUAUCCCCAUUAGAGAAAAACGACAGUGAGGCUACCUCAUUGCAUCAGGAACAUACGCUGCCUAUUAUGGGUCCAGAAAGGCUGCAAGAAGUGGGAUCGUAUCUCACAUUAGAGAAAAUGGAGAAGAUGGUUCGCCCGUUCGCCAUGCCAGCAGAAGACUUUCCACCAGCAGCAACCCCAGCAGGAUUCUCCGGCUACUUCUCGAAAAGUGCAGCAGUACUAGAACGCUUGGUGAAUCUUUGGCCUUUCCAUAAACAUGACAAACACGCUACCGCUAAUGCAAAAUAAUAGCUUAAAUUCUUUUUUUCUUCUCUGUUUUAUUUUUUUAAAAUUCCUUUUGUUUUUCGCAUUCUUCUGUUACAUUAACAUGAAUUAUAACUACCAAGGUGAGGUUUAAGCUUUCCUGGGAGAAAAUUUUGAAGCAUAACUCUUAAUGGCAAAAGAUAAGUUAUUGUAAGUAAUAUUAAGUUUAAACUGAAAUUGCUCGUA